UAAAGAGAAAUAGGAAGACAGGAAGCAGAGUGGUCCUGCUGGAAAAGUAGACAUCAGCGCUGGGAUGGCCGGAGCGUGGCGUUGCACACUUGCGGUGGUUGUGUUGGUGUGUGUGUGGAGCUACACUGAAGCCGUUGGAGGAGCAGUAAGUCGACCGCGACCCCAAAGACGACCUCCCAAGAAACCAAAGGUGGAGCCCAUCGACGUGGCCCAGCCUGCGUCGAACGUAGACAUACAACGGAUGACUGGAACUUGGUACCUCCUGAUCACGGCCUCCAAAUGCUCUUUCUUGAUAAAUCACGGCACCAAGGUGGAGCCCACAGUCAUGACUCUCACUUUCUCUUCCGAGUCUGACCAAAAACUGUCCGUGAGCACAAAAACACGACACAAUCAUCAGUGCUGGGAAAUACUGCAAGUCUACGAUCUCACCUCAGCCCCUGCACGAUUAACACUUAAAGGUGCUCGUCCUGAACUGAACACUGAAAUCGUGAUUGGAGAUACGGAUCACAGCUCAUAUGCCAUCUUAUACUACCAGAAGCGGGGAAAGAUCACAAUGAAACUUUAUAGCAGGUCUGUGGACAGCUUAUCGGAGCCCAUACUGAGCAAGUUUGAGCAGCUUGCUGAAAAGCAGGGCUUGGGCCUGGCCUACCUCUUCCCAUUCCCCACCUACAGUCACUGUGGUGAUGUGGACCAGGAUCAUGUGAUCAAUUGUGUCCCGACUUGUUGAUGAGACGGAGAUGCAC